AUCCAGUCGAGCCAGUGCACGAAGGCGGAGCCUCCAAGACGUGACCCGAGGGGAGCCCUGCAAAUUACAGGCCGACUGUCCAACAGGGCUGACGUUACAAAGUUUUGUCUCUGCUGUGUGUGUGCCGUCCCUGGAUCUUACACCAUGAGCAGGACUACCAUGCAGCCGGCAUCCGCUGUGGGAUAAGACGCUGUACCAAAGUGUGGAUAUACCUCGGAUUUCUUGUUUGCAUUUGUGGUGGAGAACAUCAUGAGAGGGCUCGGUGCGGGCUACCUGGCACUGCUGGCAUGUUGUCUGGCCUCCUUCUGGACGAUAGGUUCCACUUUCCCAGGACAGAACACGCCGCCGGUCUUCGAUUUCAAGCGGGAAUGGAUUAUAGACGAAGACGAGAAAGUCGGAAGCCGGGUUAUGACUGUGCGAACAAGGGACGAAGACCAGGACGUCAUCGAGUACGGCAUCGAACCUGCGGUGUUCCUAGACGGUUCAAACUAUUUUCGCAUCCACAAACGCACCGGAGAGGUCUUCCUCACGGGCUCCCUUUCAGGACAGGCUGGAUCCGACUACUACCUCUUCAUCACGGCCUAUGACGGCCACCAAACGGCCAAAAUCGAAGUAUACGUCAAAGUAGUGAAACCCACAAGCGGCGCAGGCGAUGACGGAUCCGACCUGCACCCCAGUGACCCCAGCAACAUCCACCAAGAUCCGCACGGGAGUGGACCUCAAAAGCGGCCCUUUCACUCAACGCGCCCCCCGGGUGCUCCACCCGCCCCCUAUAACCCCCGACCUUCUCACCCACGACCGCCCCCUUUCGGGGGCAAGAAGUGGCCCUCCAAGGAGCCCACGGCACCGACAGCCUCCACCUCUCAUGUACCCGACGGGGUCGCAAACGACGUACGACCAGACCCUACAGUGGAGGAUAAUGCAGACUCUCAGACGAAGGGCCGAGGUCCGGGGGGAACCGCCCCCGGAGGCUUUGAUGUAACAGCGACUGUCCUUCCCAUCGUAGCUGUUGUGGGAUUCGCACCCCUCGUUGCCCUGUUCUUCUGGCUGCUACAUCGAAGGUGCAACAGAGAAGAGAAGUUGAAACCUAAAAAGUCUACAGACAGGCUAGACAGCAACUUCUCCCACAGUUUUGACAGACCACCUUCUACCCUUUAUAACCCCAGGUCAUGCAGAGCACUAUCAAACAGAUAUGAACCCGAUCUCAUGUCAGCGGUUAACGACAACAACAAGUGGGAAUUCCCGAGACAUCACCUGCGCUUCAUUGGCAUCCUGGGAGAAGGUUGUUUCGGGCAGGUUUGGAAAUGUGAGGCCAUGAACAUCACCGGUACAGAGGAACCUGUCAUCGUUGCUGUGAAGACGCUCAAAGAAAACGCAACGGAGAAGGAAAAGAAGGACCUCCUGAGUGAAUUAAAGGUCAUGAAGCUGAUAAACCCUCACCCUAAUGUAGUCACACUACUCGGUAGCUGCACCGAUAGAGACCCAUUAUUCGUUAUAAUGGAGUUUGUGCCCUACGGAAAGCUUCAAACGUAUCUACGGGAAAGCAGAGUAGAAAGGUCGUAUGGUUGCCUGCACGGUAGCAGCAAACACUUGACGUCACGGGACCUCACGUCCUUUGCUUAUCAAGUUGCCAAAGGGAUGGAGUACCUCUCCUCAAAAGGGAUCAUACACAGAGACUUGGCAGCAAGGAAUAUCCUUGUAGGAGAAGGCAAGGUCUGCAAGGUCGCUGACUUUGGCUUCGCAAGAGAUGUCAUCAGCAAUCAUGUCUACGAAAGGAAGUCUGAGGGACGUCUGCCAAUUCGUUGGAUGGCUCCUGAGUCAUUGUAUGAUAAUAUAUUCACAACGAAGACAGACGUAUGGUCCUUUGGAAUUCUCAUGUGGGAGAUAGUGACCCUAGGAUCCACUCCUUAUCCUGGUCUCGCGGCAGCGGAGGUCAUGAGGCGCGUCAGGGACAACUACAGGCUCGAAAAACCAGAACACUGCAAACGUGAAAUGUACAACAUCAUGUACUACUGCUGGGACCCUGACCCGAAGGAACGACCUUCCUUCACUGAACUCACCAGCCUCCUGGACAAGCUGCUCGUCAGCGAGAAUGAGUACAUCGAGCUGGACCGUUUCCCAGACCAUUCCUACUACAACAUCACCAACUUAUCGGGGGAGAAACUGUGAGCCCGCAAAAAGACUCUCGUCAGAGCGAGCAGUGGGACCAACCAAAGAACCUUGCAGGAAGGACUGUGUGUUAUGGGCGACGAGUAUAGUUAUCCACUGCUGACUCUUCCCAGUGGCAGGGCCAAGAAAGUGUUCUUCAAGACGCCGACGGUGGGCAAAACUGCUUUUGCUCACGCCUCUCAGGGGAUGCGCUGUUUCGUUCGCUUCUCGGCGACUCAGAGCCGUGGUGAGCGUACACGAACGGGAGAUGCUAUACUUCGAUUCAGGGAGGCGAGUAAUCCUCUCAGGAAACAGCUGCACAUGAAUUGUAUUUUAGUGUACCAUAAGAGAAAAUUUAUUAUACAGAUACCUCAGCUAGAAUUGGACCAUACCCUUCUUCCUCUUUAUUGUAUUUUUUUAAAAAAAGUUGAAGCCCAAUUUUCGGGCAGUCGCUCGUGCAGCUCCCUCAAUGGGUACAGGGUGUGUCGCACGGCAAGAUUCCUGCCUGCUGCAUUCCAGCUUACAGUUACUGCCGUUCAACGGGAGAUCCACAACUGUUCAAAAACUAAAGGUGUACCCUCGCUCUGAGGGUACAUCCCUACAGUGUCAUAUUUAGGCGAGACUUGUUGUACAAAAACGGAGUACCCAAUAUCUUAAGUGCUUUAUCAUCUUUACAAGAAGCUUUCCAGAAUGUCUUUAUAAUACACGAGAGACAAUAUAUGUACUACAAACAAACAAGUUGAAAACUAUGAAGGAUAAGUAUAGAUUUGUAUUUAUAAAAGUCUAUAAACUUCAUACACUCCUUCAUUCAUGAAUUGUACAGUAAGCCUUAUUUUUAUAUUUUUUUUUUGUGUAAUACCACAUUACUCAGUACAGAAUACUUCUUUACACGAGAUGUUACUGUAAUAAAUAGGUGUACGACUGAU